CAAUUUUCAAACGCCAUAAAGUAGACGCUGGUGGCUGUGGAGUACGAAAAUCGUCGGUUGAAAUUUUAUCGCUAUUUCAAGUUUCAAGAACAAAUUUGGCGUACAAUUAGUCUAACAUGUCUAAAGCACAUCCUCCAGAAUUAAAAAAGUACAUGGACAAAAGGUUAUCACUUAAACUUAACGGCGGCCGAGUUGUAUCUGGCAUUCUACGCGGUUUCGAUCCCUUCAUGAACGUAGUUAUUGAUGAAUCAAUUGAGGAAUGUAAGGAUGGUACUCGGAAUAACAUUGGAAUGGUGGUGAUCAGAGGAAACAGCAUUAUAAUGGUGGAAGCGUUGGAUAGGAUAUAAUACAUUAAGACAAUGUUUUAAUCUACAGAAGUAAAUAAAAUAAAUUACUACUAAGCUCA